AUGGGUGCUUCUAUAGGAGUUCUACUAUUGGGAGCCGCUGCGAUGCUCUACCAGUCAUGGUACAAAUCCCAUGUCCUCAAGAAAAUGGACUCUGCUUUUCAGAAAGGCUAUGACCCCAUCUUAAAUCUCACAAACAGCGGUAGCGACCCAUCUGGCAUCCAAAUAGAGCCACCUAGACCCGAGCAGCAGGUGGUCGAAUCCAUUGUGCGAGGAAAGGAGGCAGGGCGCUACUUCUUGGUCCUCGGGAGCAAGGGUUCCGGAAAGUCUUCGAUGUUUAUCGAGGAAAUGCAACGCAUCCAAGCAGAUGGGUGCGCGUUCUUUGAUGCGCACAGCGACACCUCCAUCACAGUGGAUCGCUUCUCUGAAGCCAUAAAUUACUCAAUGAAUCGCGACUACUUGGGCAAUCUGCUAGGCCUGAGCGAUCUAUCUGGGAUGUCCGUAUUUCAAUCACUUGAGCGGGCGCUGCACAAGUUGGAGCAAGCACUGAUCCGCAGGCGGCAACGCGAGGGGAAGCCAGCCAUUAUCAUUAUGAACAAUUGCCAGCUGCUGCCGAGAGAAGAAGAAGGAUUCAAGCUACUGCAUCUAUUUCAGCAAAGAGCCGAGCGGUGGGCCGCCAAUGGCACUGCAACUUUUGUCUUUAUCUCGGACGACUAUUUCGUCUUCGAUGCGCUGCGCAAAGCAUCGGUCCGUAUGGAUACGCUCACAUUCAGAGAUCUGACCCGCGCGCAAUCUCUGGAUGUAUUGCGCAAGCUACGCCAACAGUACUGGGGCGACGGGCGCGAUAUCCCGACUUCGACACUAGAUUCAGUAUACCGUGUUGCCGGCGGGAGGAUAGCGCUGCUCAACAACCUUGCACGCCGGAAGGACAUUACGGCAGCAGCCGAGCAGCUUGUCGAGGAUGACACGCAGUGGCUAUUGUCAAAGACUGGAAUAAUUGAGGAUCAUGACGAUGACGUAAUGGAUGAACAAAAAUGGUCCACUUGCUCCUGGCUGCUUUUCACAGAGUUAGCCAAAAGGCAGGCUGCGCUCGAAGAUGCUCUUGCUUCAAGAAGCCGGGGUUCAGAGACGACUCCGCCGAGAGUCGAUGAUAUGGUAAACAUCCGUGAUGUUACUGAUCCCUCGCGAGAUCUGGAAUGCGAUAUCAAUGGGGAGGACUGUCCCAAUCCGCACAUCACGUGGGGCGAAGUGCGCCAAGUCAUGACGCGUCCAGAUUUUGUAUUGGACCUCGAUCAUCUUAACAUCAUUCACAUCGACCGGCACCAUCGUAUCCGGGCAGACAGCAUGCCUCUCUUGCGAGCAUUCCGCAAUGUUAUUGACCAAGAUGGCUUCGCCGAGAAGCUUGAAAGUGUUAUGGAUCGCGUGUCGGCGAUUGAAAGCUUAGGCCGUACAAGAGAACUUGUUUGGAAGGAGCAAGGACCCGAAGGCCGGUUUCUGAUACGCAGGAACGGCAGAGGCCAAGAGGUUGAGAGCUGGACUCUCCUCGGCGGCGACGAACGGCUUGGGCGGGAGGCGAAAGAGACCGAGGAUGCGUAG